UUCUUUUCCCUCAACGAGAACAUCCUCUCUCCCAACAAAUUCUUCUCCAUUCGCCUUCCCAAAUCGAUUACAAUCUCUGCAAAAUCCCAUCUCGGUUUGAUCCUUUUUUCUGCUUUGCAUUAUCAAAUUUUCGUAAACACAAUGAUCUCUUCACUGAGGCUUACAUCUUCCAAUUUCACUUCCUCUGAAAUUUUCAUCACAAAAUCUCCAGUUCUGAGGCCGAAUCUUCCGUUGCAGUCCCCAGAUUGCAGUGCAAUUAAGCAUGUCCAUCGAUCUCUUUCUACCAACAAACCCCUACACAUCUCGUUUGUUGAAAAUCUUCCUUUGCUCACAAAAUCAUCUGAGCGUUCGACGGUUUGCCGGGCUUAUGAGGCCGAAUCGAGACCUCUGCAGAUUAACAUUGAGCUUCCCGAUGAACAGACGGCUCAGAAACUCAAAAUUGGGCUCUAUUUCGCAACUUGGUGGGCUUUGAAUGUGGUGUUCAAUGUCUACAACAAGAAGGUUCUUAAUGCUUUCCCUUAUCCUUGGCUCACUUCCACUCUCUCCCUCGCCGCUGGAUCACUCAUGAUGCUCGUUUCUUGGGGUAUUCGAAUGGUUGACGCUCCCAAAACCGAUUUGGAUUUCUGGAAAUCCCUAUUGCCGGUCGCAGUGGCACAUACGAUUGGGCAUGUUGCAGCAACUGUGAGCAUGUCCAAAGUUGCAGUCUCAUUCACUCACAUAAUCAAGAGUGGGGAGCCGGCUUUUAGUGUGUUGGUUUCUAGGUUUCUAUUGGGUGAGAUGUUUCCAUUGCCUGUUUACUUAUCACUUAUCCCAAUCAUUGGAGGCUGUGCUCUUUCCGCCAUUACUGAACUCAAUUUCAACAUGAUUGGUUUCUCAGGAGCGAUGAUAUCAAACUUGGCAUUUGUAUUUAGAAACAUAUUCUCAAAGAAAGGGAUGAAGGGAAAAUCAGUGAGUGGGAUGAAUUACUAUGCUUGCCUCUCGUUGCUGUCUCUGCUCAUUCUUACUCCUUUCGCCAUUGCUGUGGAGGGACCCAAGUUGUGGGCUGAAGGAUUCCAAAAGGCUCUCUCUCAAAUUGGUCCUAAUUUCAUAUGGUGGUUGGGAGCUCAAAGUAUGUUCUAUCACUUGUACAAUCAAGUGUCUUACAUGUCUCUUGAUCAGAUAUCACCAUUGACAUUUAGCGUGGGUAACACAAUGAAGAGAAUAUUCGUAAUAGUGUCGUCCAUUAUCAUCUUCCACACACCGAUCCGACCCAUCAAUGCCAUUGGAGCUGCCAUUGCAAUCCUUGGAACCUUCCUCUACUCGCAGGCAAAGCUGUGAGAUGAUGUAGGAAGUUAAAUCUGUGCAAUCUUUGUUGGGAGAUAAGGAAGUCGAAAGAGCAGUUAUGGAAGGAGGCUGCUGUUUCAUUGGGAGCUUUGAUGCGGAUUUUAUGCUUUGUGCUUGUAAUCUUGUGAUUGCAGGGAGGGUUUUGUUGGUGUUGGUUGAGAUUUAAGACUAAUAUAUAUACAGAGAGGUAGAAAGAUAAUAAUUUAUACUACAUAGUAAGAGCCAAAAGGUAGAGUUUUGAGAUAGUGAGGCACAAAUCAUUGUAGUUUAUUCUAAUUUAUUGUUUCAUUUUAUUAUUUGUGACACUAUGUUUAAUGUUUAAUA